ACGGGGGAUACCUACCUAAAUCUACUCUCGUAUCGUAGGUAUAUCUCGUACAUCAGGAGAAUCGAAAACUUCCUUCAGUUUAAAAAAAAGAGAUCUAAUUUUCCAUUCGCAACGACUAUAACGAACGACAACAACUACGACGACUACGAGGAUGAUGAUGGUCCAUGGCCAAAAAAGCUGUCAAGACUACAAAAUUUUUGCUCAAUAAGUUGCAAGGAUACACAGAGAAAGGACACACAUAACGUUCGUUCGCGGAGUCGCUCGGAGUUGAAUUUUAUUAAAAUAUACAAAAUUAAAAUAUAAAAAAAAAACUUGAUAAAUUUAAUUAAAUUAAAUUAAAUUUUUAAUUUAUAUUUUCAAUAAAAACGAAAAUUAUAAUUUUGUUGAUUCUUUUUUUUUUUUAAUGAAAAAGGAUAUACAUUAAAUUUAAACAAGAUUUUUUUGUUUAACCAUUUUUCGCGAAAAAGUGUAAAGUGAACUGAAAAAUAAAACAAAAAAUCGUUUUUCUUUUCAAAUUUUAUUCAAAAUUUUUGUCCUGUUCUUUGUUCUUUGAGCCAGCCCCAGAACAGCCUUCUCUGUUUGAUCCUUGUUGUUUGCGCGUUAUCCUUGAAAUUUGGCUUUUAAGUGAAUACUUCCAUUCAUAGUAUCUCAAUGAUGAUGAUUAUGAUGAUGUUAUAGCGAACGUUUAAUCAUAAAACAAAAAACCGACGAAAUAAACUAAAAACACAAAAAAAACAGAAAAACCAAUUAUUGAUAUUAACAGAAUAAUAAAAAAAAUUCGUUCACGAAUAAUUUUUCGUGAAUUCUUCUUCAUUCACAAAUUCACACGGUAAAAAUUCUUGAUUUUUUGUUCGAAUUUUUUAUUUGAUUUUUAUUUUAAAUCAAAUUCAUAUAAAAAAAAAAAAAAACAAGGAAAACAAAAAAAACUCAAACAAAUAUGACAAACAGCUGAAAAAAGAAGCUUAAAAAAUAGUCUAGAAGUGCGCGUGGUUAAAAUUGAAAGUAAAUUUUGUGACAAACGGGUAAAAGGAGUUCGUGUUGAAUAAUAAUACCAAGGACUAAGGAAUCUAGUUAAUUGAUUAAAUUGACUAAAUAACAACUAUCAAUUGGAAUAACAAAAUAUCUUUUAGAACAAAAAAAGAGACACGAAUGAGUUUAAACAAUAAACGAACCAGGACAUAACAUCCCCCCAAAUUUUUAUUUUUGGCGAAAGCAAAAAGGACAACAGAAGCAAAAAUUUCGCUUUGUUGUUAUUGCGGCGCGGGCGCAGAGUUAUAAUUUGGACGAAUAUUUUGAGAUUCAACGGAAAAAGGCGUUUAAUAUCGCCAGGAAAAACAAUCAGGGACAUGGACACUCUCCUGUUUGCUGUGUUCAUAUUCCUUGUGAUAAUAAAAGAAAGCUGCCAAGGCCCACACGAAAAACGCUUACUAAAUCACCUACUAUCUAACUAUAAUACCCUAGAACGACCCGUUGCAAAUGAAUCAGAACCACUUGAGGUAAAAUUCGGUUUAACACUGCAGCAAAUAAUUGAUGUGGACGAGAAGAAUCAACUUCUUAUAACCAAUCUUUGGCUUUCUUUGGAGUGGAAUGACUAUAAUUUACGAUGGAACGAUACGGAAUUUGGAAAUGUCAAAGAUCUUCGAAUAACACCGAAUAAACUGUGGAAACCUGAUGUCCUUAUGUACAAUAGUGCGGAUGAGGGAUUCGAUGGCACGUAUCACACCAACAUUGUGGUCAAACAUAACGGCAGUUGUCUGUACGUGCCCCCUGGUAUCUUCAAGAGCACAUGCAAGAUAGACAUCACGUGGUUCCCAUUUGAUGACCAACACUGCGAAAUGAAAUUCGGUAGUUGGACUUACGAUGGAAAUCAGUUGGAUUUGGUUUUGAAUUCCGAAGAUGGAGGGGAUCUUUCCGAUUUCAUAACAAAUGGCGAGUGGUAUUUGCUUGCCAUGCCAGGAAAAAAGAACACAAUCGUCUAUGCAUGCUGCCCUGAACCUUACGUUGAUGUUACAUUUACGAUACAAAUUCGUCGACGAACACUUUAUUACUUUUUCAAUUUAAUCGUACCAUGUGUGUUAAUAUCAUCGAUGGCUUUAUUAGGAUUUACUCUUCCACCCGAUUCCGGAGAGAAAUUAACAUUAGGCGUUACAAUACUUCUAUCAUUAACAGUUUUCCUUAAUCUCGUUGCGGAAUCAAUGCCGACUACGUCGGAUGCUGUUCCUCUUAUAGGAGUUACAAUUCUUCUAUCGCUCACAGUGUUUCUCAACCUUGUAGCUGAGACAUUGCCCCAAGUAUCUGAUGCAAUCCCCUUGUUAGGCACUUACUUCAAUUGUAUUAUGUUCAUGGUGGCGUCAUCUGUUGUGCUAACAGUCGUGGUACUAAAUUAUCAUCAUCGCACUGCGGAUAUUCACGAAAUGCCACAGUGGAUAAAAUCAGUUUUCCUACAAUGGCUACCAUGGAUUUUACGAAUGGGUCGGCCCGGUAGGAAAAUAACUAGAAAAACAAUAUUGCUAAGCAAUAGAAUGAAAGAGUUAGAAUUGAAGGAACGUUCUUCAAAAUCCCUGCUGGCCAAUGUAUUAGAUAUUGAUGACGAUUUUCGGCAUACAAUAUCUGGAUCGCAAACAGCAAUAGGAUCAUCGGCAAGCUUUGGCCGGCCGACGACGGUGGAGGAACACCACAACUCUAUAGGAUGCAAUCACAAGGAUUUGCAUUUAAUUCUUAAAGAAUUGCAAUUUAUUACGGCGCGAAUGAGGAAAGCAGACGAUGAAGCGGAAUUAAUAAGCGAUUGGAAAUUCGCUGCAAUGGUUGUGGAUAGGUUUUGUUUAAUUGUUUUUACACUUUUUACAAUUGUUGCAACGGUGACCGUACUGCUGUCAGCUCCUCACAUCAUAGUGCAAUAAAAUAAGUAUAAUAUUUAUUUAGUAUUAAAAAUUAGUUUCAAAUGUAAAACAAAUUGAAGAAAAACAAAAAAAAAACCAAAAUUAUUAUAUUAUAUAAAAAAACCAACAAAAAAUUUUAAAAUAAUUUAAAAUAAUAUUAUUUAUAGCGUUGUUAAAUAAUAUUGUAAGCUCAGAAUAGAAAUGAACAAAAUGAAGGAAAUUCAAAAUUAUACUUAAAUACACACACACACACAACAAAAUCACACACACAAAAAAACACUCUUACAUUCAUCAAGAAUACAAAAAAAAAAAGAAACAAAAAAUGCAAACCUACAAUAAUAGUAAUUUACCAGAGUAAAUAUUUAGUUAAAAAAAUAAAUUAAAAAAACAAAACAAACCAAAAAACUUGUAGAUAAAUGAAAUUAAAUUAUAUAUAAAAAAACAACAAUCACACACACAUACACACACACAAUACCUAAAAUAUAUAAAUAUACAUAUAUAAAAAAAUAAAACUGCCGUUAUUUAUAUGAAUACGAAAAAAUAAUAAUUAAAAAUUAAUUAAAAAAUAAACAAUUUGUAAAAAUACACAAAUCCAAAAAAAAAAAAAACAAGAAAACUAGUUAAACAAAAUAAUAAAUAAAUACAUUGGACCUUCACAUCCAUAUGAAUUUUUACAUAUAUAAGCAUGAAAACAAAACAAACAAAAAAUAUAAAUAUAUUAUUUAUUUUUUUAUUUAGGACAGAUUUUAUAAAGACAGAGAGAGAUUGUUCCUAUGAAACACACAAAACAAAUAAAUAAAUUAAAAAAAAAAAAAAUAAA